AUGCGAUACUCCGAGGAAGACUACCGCUGCUUCGACAGGAUGUGUACACACGAGACGGAGGAGGCCGCGCAGGUGGAGGUGGCCGGAUGGUCGCGUCGCUCCACUGAAACGGUUUUCAGUGAAGAUAUACGUUCCAGCUUAUAUUUUGUCAAUGCAUCUGUGCAAGAGGUAGUGUUCGCCAGCACCACAGGGACGUCGGUGCCCUGUCCCGCUGCAGGCGUGCCCCCCGUCUCGCUGCGCUGGUACCUGGCCACCGGCGAGGAGAUCUAUGACGUGCCAGGGAUCCGUCACGUGCAUCCCAAUGGCACCCUCCAGAUCUUCCACAUCCCCCCUUCCAGCUUCUCCAAACUCAUCCACGACAACACCUACUAUUGCACAGCGGAGAACCCCUCAGGGAGAAUCAGGAGCCAAGAUGUUCAUAUUAAGGCUGUCCUACGAGAGCCCUACACUGUUCGUGUGGAGGACCAGAAAGCCAUGAGAGGCAAUGUGGCGGUCUUCAAGUGCAUUAUCCCUGCCUCGGUGGAGGCCUACAUCACUGUUGUGUCUUGGGAGAAAGACACAAUGUCAAUCAACGCUGAGAUGUCGCGGUUUCUCAUCACAUCCACGGGGGCCCUGUACAUCCUGGACGUGCAAAUGGAAGACGGACUGUACAACUACAGGUGUAUGACGCACCACCGAUACACAGGAGAGACCCGGCAAAGCAAUAGCGCCCGUCUCAUCGUCUCUGACCCCACCAACUCAGCGCCCCACAUCCUGGACAGUUUCGAGCGUCGUGAGGUUAUGGCGUCCCAUCGGGUGGAGCUGCCUUGCAAGGCCUCUGGUCAUCCUGCGCCGAAGUACCGCUGGCUGAAGGACAACCGGCCGCUGGAGCCUGACACACGCUUCAGACAGAGUGUGACGGGUCUGCUGAUAGAGCGGGCCCAGUCCGGCGACACGGGGACGUAUGUCUGUGAGGUGUGGAAUGGCUACGGCAAUGCUGAGGUGGUUGGCAGGCUGCAGGUCAAAGAGCCUUUGAAGGCAGUGGUGAGCCCACGGAAGGUGAAAGGCAGCGUAGGGAGCCAGGUCUCCCUGUCCUGCAGCGUGACCGGCUCUGAAGAGUACCAGCUCUCCUGGUACCGCAACGGAGAACUCAUCUACCCUGGGAACAGCGUGCGCAUGACCGGACAGAACCGCGAGAACCUGGUGAUGGCUGGCAUGGCCAAGAGCGACGGAGGAGCCUAUCAGUGCUUCGCCAGACACGGCAAGAUGUCCGCCCAGGAUUUCGUUCAGGUCAUCCUGGAAGAUGGCACCCCCAAGAUCCUGACCUCUUUCAGCGAGAAGGUCUUCAACGUCAACGAGUUCGUUUCGCUUGCGUGCACGGUGAAGGGGACGCCGGAGCCCAGGGUGACGUGGACGCUGGAUGACGAGCCCGUGGUGAGGGACAGCCGCCACCGCAUCUCCCACUACACCAACGCAGAGGGCAAUGUGGUCAGCCACGUGAACAUCAGCCAGACCCAGGUUCCCGACGGAGGCGUCUACCGCUGCAUCUGCAACAACUCGGCGGGCACUGUCUCCUACCAGGCGCGAAUAAACGUAAGAGGGCCUGCCAGCAUCCGACCGAUGAGAAACCUCACUGCCAUCGCAGGGCGGGAUAUGUACAUCCACUGUCGAGUCAUUGGCUACCCGUACUAUUCUAUCAAGUGGUACAAGGACUCCAACUUGCUGCCGUACAACCACCGGCAGCGGGCGUUCGAGAACAACGGCACGUUGAAGCUGUUCGACGUGCAGAAGGAAGUAGACGAGGGCGAGUACACGUGCAACGUCUUGGUGCAGCCUCAGCUCUCCACGCACCAGAGCGUCCAUGUCAGCGUUAAAGUUCCACCUACCAUCCACCCCUUCGAGUUCCCUCGGUUUUCCAUCGGCCAGCGGGUGUUCAUCCCCUGCGUGGUCAUGUCCGGGGACCAGCCCGUCUUCAUCACCUGGCAGAAAGAUGGCCGACCGAUCCCCGCCAGCCUGGGCGUCACCAUAGACAACAUAGACUUCACCAGCUCACUCCGCAUCUCCAACCUCACGCUGCUGCACAACGGCAACUACACCUGCAUCGCUCGCAACCAGGCCGCCGCCGUCGAGCACCAGAGCCAGCUCAUCGUCCGAGUCCCUCCCAAAUUUGUGGUCCAGCCCAAGGACCAGGACGGCAUCUAUGGCAAGGCUGUGAUACUGAAUUGCUCUGCAGAGGGUUACCCUGUUCCUACCAUCCAGUGGGAGUACUCUAAAGGUGCGGGAGUGCCUCAGUUUCAGCCCAUCGCCCUCAACUCAGGCUUUCGUAUCGAGGUGCUGGUCAACGGAUCUCUGCUCAUAAAACACGUUUUGGAAGAAGACAGCGGCUUCUACCUGUGUCGAGUGAGCAACGACGUCGGGGCCGACGUCAGCAAGUCCAUGUACCUCAACGUCAAAAUCCCGGCCAUGAUCACGUCCUACCCCAACACCACGCUGGCCACGCAGGGCGAGGAGAAGAAGAUGAGCUGCACGGCCCACGGGGAGAAGCCCAUCAUGGUGCGCUGGGAGAAGGAGGAGCGGAUCAUCAACCCGGAGACCAGCCGCUAUGUGGUCACCGUCAAGGAGGUGGCCGACGAGGUUAUCUCCACCCUGCAAAUCAUGCCCACAGUGAGGGAGGACUCGGGCUUCUUUUCCUGCCACGCCAUUAACUCUUUCGGUGAAGACCGAGGAAUCAUCCAGCUGACAGUUCAAGAGCCCCCUGACCCCCCAGAGGUGGAAAUCAGAGAAGUGAAGGACAGGACCAUCGCCCUGCGCUGGACCAUGGGCUUUGAUGGCAAUAGCCCCAUCACAGGAUUUGAUAUCGAGAGCAAGAACAAAUCAGCUUCUUGGGAUACAGCGCAAAAGACCAAAGAUGUGUCACCCCAGCUCAACCAGGCCACCAUCAUAGACCUGCACCCAUCCUCCACUUACAACAUCCGCAUGUUUGCCAAGAACCUGAUUGGCAAGAGCGAGGCCAGCAACGAGCUCACAAUCACUACGGACGAAGCAGCUCCUGACGGACCUCCUCAGGAGGUGCAGCUGGAAGCCCUCUCCUCACAGAGCAUCCGAGUCACAUGGAGGCCCCCCAAGAAGCACCUGCAGAACGGGGCCAUCCGUGGCUACCAGGUGGGCUACAGGGAGUACAGCUCGGGGGGUAACUACCAGUUCAGUGUGAUCAGCAUGGAGACGACUGGGGACAACACGGAAAGCCUCGUGUUGGACAACCUGAAGAAGUUCACCCAGUACGGCGUGGUGGUGCAGGCCAGCAACAGUGCCGGGACAGGGCCCUCCUCUACAGAGGUAGCUGCAACCACACUGGAAGAUGUGCCCAGUCGACCUCCAGAGAAUGUUCAAGCCACCGCCACGUCUCCGGAGGUAAUCAGCCUUUCCUGGUUGACGCCUCCUAAAGAGGCCCUCAACGGGAACCUGCUGGGCUUCAGGGUCAUCUACUGGGCCAACCUACCAGAUGGAGAGCUCGGAGAGAUCAGGAAUGUGACAACGUCCAAACCGUCUCUGGAGCUGGACGGACUCGAGAAGUACACCAACUACAGCAUCCAAGUGUUGGCCUUCACCAGAGCCGGCGAUGGCGUCCGCAGCGAACAGAUCUACACACGCACCAAGGAGGACGUCCCCGGGCCUCCGGCCGGUGUGAAGGCGGCGGCUGCGUCUAACUCGGUGGUGUUUGUUUCCUGGCUCCCUCCUCUCAAAGUGAACGGCAUCAUCAGGAAGUACACGGUCUUCUGCUCCAACCCUCAUCCCACAGUGAGCAGUGAGUUUGAGGCCGCUCCAGAUGUCUUCUUCUACCGCAUCCCCAACCUCAGCAGAAACCGUCAGUACAGCAUCUGGGUGGUGGCCGUCACCGCAGCGGGGCGAGGAAACGCCAGUGAGAUUAUCACCGUCAAACCCAUGGCAGAAGCCCCGGCUCGUAUCCUGACCUUCAACAGGACUGUAACCACCCCGUGGAUGAAGGACAUUGUGCUGCCUUGCAAGGCGGUGGGUGACCCAGCCCCUACCAUCAAGUGGCUGAAGGAGAACAAUGGCACACCAGCGCCUGUUGUGGUUGACAGCAGACGUAGUGUCCACGGCAACGGAAGUCUUGUCAUCCGCACAGUGAAAGCAGAGGAUUCUGGGAACUACACGUGCGUAGCCAGUAACAACUUUGGGCCUGACAAGAUUGUCCUCAACCUGCAAGUUCAAGUUCCUCCGGACCAGCCUCGACUCACGGUGACCAAAACCACCACCACAUCCAUAACCCUGUCCUGGAUCCCUGGAGACAACGGAGGAAGCUCCAUCCGAGGAUACAUCCUGCAGUACUCUGAGGAUAACAGCGAGCAAUGGGGCAACUUCGCCAUCAGUCCCAGUGAGCGCUCCUAUCGUCUGGAGAACCUCAAGUGUGGCACGUGGUACAAGUUCACCCUCACUGCCCAAAAUGCAGUGGGGCCAGGACGCAUUAGUGAGAUCAUCGAGGCAAAAACCCACGGGAAAGAGCCUCAGUACGCCAAGGAACAAGAGCUCUUCACCAGUAUAAAUGCCACUCGCGUGAAGCUCAAUCUGAUUGGCUGGAACAACGGCGGCUGUCCGAUCACCUCUUUCACCCUGGAGUAUCGCCCCGUCGACUCGCCCACGUGGACCACGGCCCAAAGGACCUCCCUUACCAAGAGCUAUAUUCUGUACGACCUGCAGGAGGCCACCUGGUACGAGCUGCAAAUGAAAGUCUACAACAGUGCCGGCUAUGCUGAGAAGAGAGUCAAGUUCGCAACCCUCAGCUACGAUGGCAGUACGAUUGCACCGCUUGUGAAGGCACCCAACGUGAGCGAGGGCAGCAGCGGGGGCGGUGAAGGUCUCAAGAUGAUGGUAACCAUCUCCUGUGUGCUGGUUGGCAUCGUGCUCAUCUUCAUCGGACUGCUGGUGCUGAGGAGGAGGAGGAGGGAGCAGAGGCUCAAGAGGCUCCGAGAUGCGAAAAGUUUGGCUGAGAUGCUUAUGAGUAAAAACACACGUCCUGCUGAGCCGAUAAAUAAGCAGCAACAGACCCUGAGAAUGCACAUCGACAUCCCUCGAGCUCAGCUCCUCAUCGAGGAGAGAGACACCAUGGAGACUGUUGACGACAGAUCCACAGUGUUACUGACGGACAACGACUUUGGCGAGACGCAGAAGCAGAAGUCAUCCACGGUCACCCACACGGUCCACUACCAGUCCCUUUCCCAAGCUACAGGCCCGCUGGUAGAUGUGUCUGAUGCCAGACCAGGAACCAAUCCCACAGCCCGCCGCACAGCCAAAGCUGGCCCGGCUGCUCGCAACCGCUACGCCAGCCAGUGGACGCUGAACCGCCCACAUCCACCGGUGUCGGCCCACACACUCAGCACCGACUGGAGACUGCCCACGCCUAGAGUCGCAGGCUCUGUCGACAAGGAGAGCGACAGCUACAGCGUUAGCCCAUCUCAGGACACAGACCGUGCACGGAGCAGUAUGGUGUCAACAGAAAGCGCCUCUUCAACCUAUGAGGAGCUGGCCAGGGCCUAUGAGCACGCCAAGAUGGAGGAGCAGCUACGCCAUGCCAAGUUCACCAUCACCGAAUGCUUCAUCUCAGACACUUCCUCAGAGCAGAUGACUGCUGGCACCAACGACUACACCGACAGCCUGACCUCCAGCACACCAUCCGAAUCGGGCAUCUGCCGCUUCACUGCCUCCCCGCCCAAGCCUCAGGACGUCAGCCGAGUCAUGAACAUGGCCGUACCAAAGGCCCACAGACCGGGGGGCGAGUUGGUGCACCUGCCGCCAUACUUACGAAUGGACUUUCUACUGAACCGAGGCAUGUCCUGCUCAGGAUCGUCUAGGGGGACAGCUAGUGCGGAGGGAGUGGCCAUGGGCCAGGCGUGUCUGGAGCCCCAGAAGAGUCGCUCGCUGAAGCGGCCCUCUCGCAUGGCGCCCCCUACGCCCACGGAGGCCCCUCAGGCCAGCAGGGACCCAGUGCCCCAGUGGCAGCCUGGCUCGGCGGCCACGCUCCCCCACAGAGAGGGCUCAGAGCUGGCCCAGGCCGCCAAACUCAGCACCUCCCAAGAGUCCCUGCUGGACUCCAGAGGUCAUCUCAAACAGAGCAGCAACCCCUACGCAAAGUCCUACACGCUGGUAUAA